UCCGCCACGUAGGGAGGGUUACCUAAACCAGGAACACCGCUUUGGGAGGUGGGGACGACCGAAACAGGGAGAGAAACAGAGACUCGCGGGCGGCGGCAGCGGCGAGGGAGCAGAGCAGAAGGAUGGUGUUUGGCCGGAACAAGCCGGCUCCGUCCACAGCGUCUCCGUCGUCGGCUGCGGCGGCCGCGUGCGGGGAGCUUCGAGCGGCGUACCACGAGUGCUUCAACCGGUGGUACGCGGAGAAGUUCGCCAAGGGGCAGUGGCACAAGGACGACUGCGCCGGCCAGUGGAGCAAGUACCGCGCCUGCCUCGAGGAACAUCUCGAAGACAAGCAUCUCAGGCAAAUCCUAUUGGAGUCGGAAACGUCCUCCUGUUAUGCGCAGCUUGAUCCUGAUUCUUCAUCAGGACAAGGUGCGGCCACAUCAAAAUGACAGUCUAGGACUAACAACAUGGUCAAGUUCUUUGCUUGACCAGAACUUGGAGAUCCUUGGUAGACUGAACCAAAUUGUAGUUGUGUUUGGACACAUGUUAUGUCCCCGGAUAAUGUUGAGUUCAGCAUAUGAGAUUAAUUUGUUAAUUUUUCCA